UCCCCGGGUUGCAACACUCGCGGGUCAGGCGUGCGAGCGGUCUAGUCAGCAUUUGAGCGAGAGUGAAGAGAAAGAAGAAAAAGGAAGCACAGAAACCGCUGAACAAUAUUACCACCUUUUUGUCGACAGCGCUUCAAAUAGCUUUGAUUUAAAAAGGCAUUGCAUGCGUUUAAUAACAGACUUCAACUUUUUUUUUUUUGCCAGUGUUUGAUUUUAGGCAUUAUAAACAUUAAGUUAAUUUGUUAACUACUUUUAUAAAACCACAAACCUAUGAGAAGGCGAUUUUUUUUUAUUUUUGUCCGUCAACAAUUUUCUUUGUUCAUAUUCUUCACUGGUAUUCUAGAAUUACUAUCUGUAACUUUAAUUGUGAGGUGCAUCUUCUGCCUUGUAAAGCUCAAGUAAAACAACCCGGCAAGUCGAGACAACUUUUCUUCUGUUGAAAACGAGCCGCCUUGAUCGGUCGCGGACAGGAGGCUACAGUGAACGACAUAAGGACUUUUCCUCUUGUUUCUGACAUCGGCUGAGAGAUGUCUGCUUCUGUUUCCGAUGCAGACGUGAAGAGCGAGGAAUUCUUGUCAAGUUUGUCGCAGCAACAGGAGGACACGUCAAGCUGCAAAAACCAGCAGACGCAGGCGGUGCUGUUACCAGGGCAACCGUUCGAGCCACAGCGCACUUUCUUAGUCAUCGUAGACUCGAGCCCGGAUACAUUGAACCUCAUCAGCUUGGAGUCUCUCCAGCCAGAAUCUGGAAUUGUUGCAGACAUUGACGUGGAGAACAUAUUAACUUCUGGGAAGGAAACGUUUUAUGAACUUAAGAGCCAGCCCAUCGCUCAGAGCUCCACUUCCCCAGUCCCACCCGGCACAGUGAUGUCGUCAAGAGUACUUCUGCGGCAGCAGCUCAUGCGGGAGCAGGCCCGGGAGCAGGAACGCAGAGAGGCACAACAACAAGCCUCAGCAGCCCAGCUCCGUUCAUCAGACCGCAGCAAUGCAGCCACAUCUGCUGCCAUCAGUGUCAGCACCCCACAGGGGUCCAGACCAGCUCCUGCACAGGUUCCAGUUGAAGUCCUAAAGGUACAAACUCACCUGGAAAACCCCACCAAGUACCACAUUCAGCAGGCCCAGCGCCAGCAGGUGAAGCAAUACCUCUCUACUACCCUGGGUAACAAGAUAGCUAACCAGACACUGGGAGUGUCUCCCUCCCCACAGACUGGCUCUGCUCCAGAGCUGGCCACUGCCACAGGAAGUGCACCCAACAGCCCAAUGGCACUACUAAACAUCGGCUCCAAUUCUGAGAAAGAGAUUGAUGAUGUAAUUGACGAAAUCAUCAGCUUGGAAUCAAGCUACAAUGAUGACAUCAUGGGCUUUAUUGAUUCUGGCCUGCAGCUGUCAAACACACUUCCUGUUUCUGGAACCGUACUGGACCUCUACAACCCUGGGGUGGCAGCCCCAACAAUUACAGUAAGCAACUCAUGUCCAGCAGACUUGCCAAACAUAAAGACAGAAAUGACAGAUGCAGAGGCAAAGGCCUUUAUUAAAGAGCGUCAGAAGAAGGACAACCACAACCUCAUUGAGAGAAGACGGAGGUUCAACAUCAACGACAGAAUUAAAGAGCUGGGGAUGCUUAUUCCUAAAUCUAGUGAUCCGGAGAUACGCUGGAACAAAGGCACAAUACUGAAGGCUUCAGUUGACUACAUACGGAAGCUGCAGAAGGAACAGCAGCGCAGCAAGGAGAUCGAGACAAGACAGAAAAAGCUGGAACACACCAAUCGCAGCCUGAUGCUCAGGAUCCAGGAGCUGGAAAUGCAGGCCCGUAUGCAUGGCCUUGUCACCCCAAUGACACAGACCCAGCUGGACCUUGGUUCAUCUGAGUCACAAAGUUCUAACCUCCUCUCAGCUACCACAAAUAAUGGUGCUGCAGCCACUGGACCUUCUUCUGCUUUCCUUGCAUCCCUCCCCUCUGCAGGAGGGGAAGUCAACUUGACAAGCACUGCACUUGACUUAGGCCACCUAAACUUCGGAGACUUGGAGGAUCCAUCAGCUGGAACCUUUCAUCUGGGCCUGACAUCUAAUAUAGGCAUUGAUGACAUUCUUAUGGAUGAUGGCACCCUCUCUCCUGUAGGAGCCACUGACCCUCUACUGUGUGCAAUCUCCCCAGGAGCCUCAAAGACAAGUAGUCGCCGCAGCAGCUUCAGUAUGGAAGAAGAUUCCUGACAUCCAGUUGGUGCUGUGAUUUAGACCUGGCAGUACUUGUUAGAGUUGGUGAGGCAAGUUGUCUCUGCCAACAUAGUGAGGAGAAAUGAAAGAACAGACUGACUUGCAAAUAUAAUCUACAGGGAAAACUGACCAGCAUUAUGGUUAUUGUCUUGAAACAGACAUGUGCUUAGCCACUGCGAAACUUAGUUCAGAUCUGUGCAUCCAUAUAAUUCUGUUAUGUGUAAAAGAAAACUUAAAUGGACACGACUGUAGACUUUGUACAAAAGCAGACAGGAAGCUAAUUGUGUGUCAGUUUCAUUCACAGUUUGUGAGUUUAAGUGAUGUUCCCAAGGGACAGUAACAGAUUCUAAUGCUCUACCACCUGUAUUAGAUAGUCCCGCCAGAGUAGCCAAGGAGAUUUUUACAGAUUUGUUUAAGCAUAAUUUGCCAAAUGUUGCUUUGUGUGUUGUCUUUUACUGAUCCCUAAUCUUACAAAGGGCCAACAUCAUGUCCCAAACAAUCAGUGUUGCUUCAAAAGUUAAAAUAUUACCUGUGAAAGUCGAGAUGUUUGUAGGUCAAGUUUAUGUAUAUGGUUUUUUUUUUGUAGUGUCUUCCAGAAACAUCAAGAAAGUAAAUUUUUACAGGCGCGAACGUUUUUGUAUACAAAGUAACUUGUCAUAACUGCCCAAUCAUUUAUAACACUGGGCUUUGGCCCCCUCCCGUGUCAACACUGCAACACAUCAUUUUGUUAAACAGAACAUUUAAAUUUUUUCAUGUCUGCACCCACCACUAGGAUGGAUAUGAUUGUUUUUUGAGGCGCAAGUCGGCAUCUUGGCCUUGGCAUGAGAUGUAUGUCUAGUUUUCUCAUAGUUAUGCAGGAUUACAGGUUUGCAGUAGCAGCAGGCCUCUGUCACCAUAUGGACACCCCAUUUAAAUAGUCGCACAACAGUAGAAUAUACUUGUGAAGAAUCAUUUUACAGAAUUCAAAUUUGACACAACUGAAAUAUGUAUAUUAUCGAGGUGGAACAUCACUCCAUUCAAAUGCAUGUGUGUGUAUGUAAAUAAUAUAUACACAUAAGUACACUAUAAUGUACUGUGGAGGGAGCAAAACAUGACGGGAAUCCCAGGACAAAUUAACUUUGUGACAGCAUAAACAUAAUAAACACCUGAAAAGAAAGAACGAGAGAGUGAAGUGGAACUCUGUCCUUGGCUUUUUCAGGCUAUGUCAUCUGUAUGCCAGGAUGUGUAUGAACGAACCUACAGGUGCAUGUCAUAGCAAGAGUGCAAUAAGAGAAUCUAAAACGAUCCCAUCAUACCACUUCCAUCAUUUGUGUGUUAGGGUAAAUUUACCGUUAAUGACCAUCUCAAAGCAAAAUACUCACCAUCAAAGCUGUCCCAGUCUCACACUUUUCAUUUUUACAGUGGCAUGCUUUCAGAAGUCACUGAUCGAAACACUCCAUUGCAUCACUCUUCUCUUGACCACCUAAACUGACAUGUUUUGAGGAUGCCCAUGAGCACGCAUACUGCAUUCCUGUUGGGGCAUCACGUAGGGUGGUGACUUUGUCAAUUACUUCAUUGAAAGCAUAGAUGUGGUAAAGUGUUCAAUGCAAAGCAUCAUAAUUUGGUUGUUGACACCACACAUCAGCACUUUUUUUAGACUUUUUAGUCAUUCUAUAUACUACAGUUUAAUUAUUUCAUUACAGUUCCUGGCAAAACAAAAUUUGGCAGAUGAAUCUUAAAUUAUUUAGGAAGCAUGGCAUAUAAUGGAAAGUUUACAGCAGGCUAUUCUGGAUGCCAUCAUUGAAUUGUGAAAAUGUACAGCUUUAUGAAGGUAAUCCAUUCCUGAAAACCUCUUUGUAAAGUGAAUUCUCAUAACGUAAAUACCUAAUUACAUUAAUAUAAACAGACAAUUUGAAGCAUUCACUGACCCCAAAAAUGACCUUCCCCACCCCCCAUUUGCUUUACAGAUCUGAGCAUCCCUAAUGCUGAGCCACCACUCCAUUCCACUGGCUGCAGCGUACUAUGCUUGGAAUAACCGUGAGGAGGAUCGUGUGUUAGUACUAGAGUCGCACCUUUGAAAAAUCACCGCAGACUUGCUCUUCAUAACCAUGAGGAAGGACAUCUUUCUUUGUCUAUCCAGAUUUUUGUGAAGCCCGUACUUAUGAUGUGGUGGUAGUCAAUCUAAAAUUCGUCGAGGACCACAAGUGAGAUAGAUGUCUUUCAUUUUUGAUUGAUCUGCAUCAAGGAACACUAUGUUUAUGUUACAAAGUUGAUCCAAGCCAGUCCUUCCUUUGCAAAGUGAAAUGGCAUGUUUAGUUCAUUGCUGCUUGACAUUAGUUGCUCCUAAAGCACUUCUCUUAGUUACUGGUCACACAUCUGAGCUCAGUGAGGUGCUAUGUAUCUCCCUAAGCAUUAUCUAUCUCUGUUGAGGCCUUUCAUUCUCUAUUGGUCAUCAAGCCUGAUGGUCAUCUUGUGGCUCAGAUGAUAGAUGAUAUUGAAACUGACAUGUUUAAGCAGUUGUGCCAUGACAAACUUUGAGGAGACAGUAGGCAUUCUCUAAAGUCAUUUUGGCUUGGUUCUCUUUGUCCAACUUGUCAUGUCCUGGUCAACGCUUUACUUCCUAACUCCCACUCUGUUAAAGAAUCAUGAAAUAGCGGAAGUGAAAUUUGAUCAGAUUAGCAAAAUAUUCCACUUUCACACGCAAACCACAGAGGAAAUCCCAUACCUCCAUUAUACCAGUCAGUAUCUGACUCGGGGUGAUUGUGUUCUUUGGUUUGAUAGGCUCUGUCAUUGGUCUUUGCGAAGUACAAAUUCCACCCAUUUUCUGAACCCACUCAAUCCAAUCGUAGGGUUAUGGGGGACUCUACCUCCUCAGGAAAUGGGAGGCCCAGCCUACUAGAUGAUAAAUCACAAACAUCCCAAAGAAAGUCCAUUAUAAUGUGGAAACUGUUGCACCAGUGUUUAGUAAAAUACUUUAGAUAAAGGUGACAACUGAAUAAGUAAAUGUCAAUUCACACCUACUAGGAUGUACACCUUCAGGAAAGCCAUGGACUGAAACACAGUUGGCUGCUAGUUGUUCUUGGUUGAGUUUUUUGUUCUUUGCACAUAUUCAUUCAUUCAAUUGUAGAACAUUCUAGAGUUUUCUGAGUGAACAUACUGCAUAGCUAUCACAUUGAUAGGCAAAUAGAGAAGAGGGCUGGGGCUGGUGGGGUGGUGGGGUCAGUUUAAAUGAUCCAGGCAUACAGCAGAUGCAGAUGAAGGUUGUUAGAGGAGGUUCUUGGCAUACUUAUUGGUAAUCCAAGGACAGCCAUAGAUGAGACCACUACAAGAGAAGAUGACAUGGCUUACAGUCAGACUAGGAAGUAUGAAUGAUAAAUGAGUAAAGGGUUGUGGUAGGACCCUGUCUUGCUGACACAAAUCUUUUUUUUGAGGCCUAUCCUUAUUCAUUGCUGGGUGUGUGACUCUUCAUGCCCUGCUUCUUUAAUGUGGCCAUUUUCCCUUUCAGGGGACGGUAUGACUAAAGCCUUAUCUUAACAUUCACAUUUUCUGAAGCAGGGCGUGUGAGAUACACUGACUGUGGGGCCUGACAGAUCCUCCUAAAAAGAUUAGCAUCUGGAGAACCGUUCAGUGCAGUGACAUCCGAGGUGCCACCUGAGUUAAUGUUGCCACUUGUACUUCUUGGUACAUUUGUCUGGCAGAUUUUAUUUAAAGGGGAAAUGCUCUUUGUGGUAUAUUAAGGUAAAGUCGGUGAUGUGAAGGAUGUUGUGUGUUCCACAGAGGGGUAUUAUGCUAGGUCCCUUAAUAUCCUUAAUGCGCCUGAGUACAUUUCAUAGGUGGGAUGCCAUGUUGGCACAAUUUUCCAGGCAGAUGGUAAAAAUCAGUUUCAGAGUGGCAGCUAAGCAGUAAGUGUGGCUGCUUCGGUGUCCCUUUAUUGUCCUGUCCUCUUUGUUUUAUGUUCUGUUAGCCCCUCUUGCUGGUUGAUGUGUGGUAGCAGAGUGCUAUAAUCACGAGUCAAAUGUAAUAAUGACAUAUUGCAUUGUUUCUCUUAUGUAUUGUCUUAAUUUUAUGUAGGACAGUAGUCUUGGCCACUAUUAGCCACGUCGGCACUCUCGUGACCCGUCUGUAGAGCAGCUUUUAUAUAUACAGAGUGGCUUCAGGAGAUCAGUAACACUCCUAAAUUGUCAAACCUUGGAUUUUACAAGUCUUUGUACUUUUUUUCUUUUUAUAGUUCACUCAUCAGGGUGAUCAAUUUAUGUCAUACAUGUAUUUACUUAUGCAUUGAUUUCCUGCUUUUUUAUCAUAUACUGCCUUAGUCAGUCACUGGGUGGCCAUGUUUGGUUGGAUAUUACGCUUUCCAGAAAUAUUUAAAGGGAAAGUGUUGUUUGACGAUCAAGAACAGUGUGGUCUCCUGUGAAGGGGCAGUAUAAUAACAGCUCUUACAAUCCCUUUAUGAAAGUCAGAAUUUGAUCCUUUUUAUUGCCAUUUAUUUGUUCUGGUUUGUCUUUUUUUAAGAAUUUUAUUAUUAAAAUUAAGAUGUCAAAAAUGAGAAA